AAAUGGCACAUUGGAACGAGACAUAUUAGCUUCUAUACUGUUCAUAGAAUUAAAUAGAUUAAAAUCUUUACUGAUGUUCAACAUAACCUUAACACACCAAGUUCUUUCAAUCCAUCCACUCCUUCUGCGGAACAGCUCGCCAACAGCGUUCUGUUGAGUUUACUAAACACCACGAGUCAGAUUACCAUUUUCCAAGAAAGAUAUUUACGACUUGCUAUGGUGAUUACGAUCAAUGAAUACUGCGCUGUGGACAACUACAGUCGUACGGUUGACUGUGGUUUGACUGACAGUGGUUUAAGUUUCAAUAUGAGUAACGUUAAUAUUGCGUCAACGACCUAUGGACAAUAUGCCAACAUCUCAUUUUAUGUGAACAAUCCGAGAAGCCAGGGACUUCUGUCUGCUCUUACUCUUGCUUCGAUAUUGGUCAUGCGUGAAACAAAUUUUGAGUUACUUCUCGAACAACAAAUUACAAUCCAAACAUCAUUCGCUCCAAUGAAUCCGCCAACUGCUAGCGACGAUCAAAUAAUUAACAGUAUAAUCAUAGAAAUAACCUUCAAUUUAAAUCAGUGGAACUUUUGAUAGACAGACGCUUG